UUAAAAUCCAAAAACUAUUAUUUAAGUUUAAACCGCAAACACUUGAACAAAAGAAACCAAGGCAAAACAACUCGAUCCUACCGACUCAGUCCGAGUCUCAAACGAUUCUUCGUUUCCUUACCCUCCUGGCUCGAUGAAAGGCGGCCAAACCAAAUCCGAAGCGACGAGCACCGAUCAAAGGCUCAAAACCAGAGGAAUGAAGAAGAAGACGACGAAGGAUCCUAACAAACCUAAGAGACCUCCAAGUGCCUUCUUCGUCUUCCUAGAUGAUUUCCGACGAGAGUUCAACGAGGCGAACCCUAAUAACAAGUCCGUCGCCGCCGUUGGUAAGGCUGCUGGAGCUAAGUGGAAGUCUAUGAGUGAGGAAGAGAAAGCUCCUUACGCUUCCAAGGCAGAGAGCAGGAAGAGUGAGUAUCUCAAGGGUAUGCAACAGUACAACAUGAAUCUGGCUAGCGGAACCAAUAGAGGUGAAGAUGACGAAUCCAAGUCUGAAGGAAGCGACGAGGAGGAACAAGACAACGAGUAAAGAGUCUACUAGUUAUUGCCAUUGACUGACUCAGAUUUGAGGAUGGAAUUAUAAAACUUGCUUAGUUAUUGUGACCUUAAACUGAAAAAAACUGGUUAUGUUCUGUUUGUUUGUUAUAUUAAGAACCUCAUUUGCUACUCUUCUUUGUGUUUAAAUCAGUUGUAAUAUGGAUUUAGUUUAAGCUUUUCAUUUCUACUUA